GCAAGACCCCAUCUCUAUUUAUUUUAAGUAAACAUAAAAUAAAUUUUUUUUAAGGGAAACUGUUUGUUACUUUUGAGAGUGACAGAUUGUGACAUCCAGAGGCUUACGAGAAAGUAACUUCCCCUCUGUGCGAACCAGCAUUGGGUGUUUAAAUAGCUUACCCCGUGGACUCGUACCCCAGUCCCUGAAUGAGGUGAACUUCUUAAUCCUUCUGAACCUCUGAAUUUUCCAGAGUUAUUGAAACGGGAUAUGGGAGGGCACAUAUGCGGUGCCUGGUGCACAGACAGAGCUGGUGGGUGCCCGUUCAGUGCUGACUUACUUCCCUUCUCUCAAUGCUAGGAAUGUGUUUAAUCUUUCAAAUUAAAGUGUUAUGAAAAAUUAGACCUCAGGUCCGCUGUGGCAAUAGGGAUAUUCAUGGUCCUCAAACCCCCUUGUACUGUGGGAGCUACAGAAGACGAUGAAUAGUGUUAAAUUAGUGAGGACAGUUACAGGAAAGAAACUGGGCUGUCCUGAAACCAGAGGCGGGACAUGAAGGCAAGGGAAGGAGGUAAGAUUCCCAAGACAUUCCUGCUAUUCCCAGCAGGAGGAUGUGCACUUCCCCAGACCCUGGCACAGGAUGAGAAAGGGCUAUGCCAGGGACACUAACUAUGUUGCAGAGGCUGCUGAGUGAGACUGAAAAUAAAGAUGAAGAGGUGGAGUUGAGGCUGGGCUUGUGUGCUCUCAAGCCCCUGUGCCAGCUAACAUCUCGAUUGUACUUGUCAGACUCCUGUCUAAGAAAAAGCAUGCCAUUGAACCAGGAUGGCAAAGGCAAACAAAUAAGGAGAUAGCGGGUCUUAAAUAAGGAGAAAGGGGCUCUUUCUCUUUUUGUGAUGGAAGAGUCCCUGUUACUAUCAGUUCAGGAAAACAUUGCUAUCAUUACGCCUCGUCCCCAAGACUCUCUUGAGUGUAAUCCCAAUGAUGGCCUCUGCAGCUGAACAGGGCCUGGACCAGGCUAUCCCAGUUGUGGGAUGGAAGGCUGCAUUCUGGGUUGAAGAAAGACACCCUUUGGACUAAUAAGCAAUAAAAUCUAUGAUCCAUAAAAAAUUCUGUUUGCCCAUCUCAUAAGCUGCUUUCUAGGAAUUCCACACACUGCUGUGAAUUUGAUUUUAGAUCUUGUGUGGUGGAAUAGGUAACAAUGCGUUCCGUCAAGCGUCAGCAGAGAUCUCAGCAGCAAAUGUCAGGGAUAAGAGAUAGAUAAUAUAGAUCUAUUAAUCAUAAGGAUUAUAUAUCCUCUAGGGAACGAUAUAUAUCUAAGGGUGUAUCACAGCUCGCGGGUUCACAGACUAGCCUGCCAGCAGCCGUGGCCUAAGUGCUGCUGUUAAAAUACAAUGUGGUGGCUGCCAACGCAGAGGGACAUGACGGUUCUCAGAAGAAACUACAGGAAUUCAGUGUGAACACGAUACAAUCAGCAGGUAACUCCUUGAGCGAUGGGUUCUUAUAUUUUUGGUAAUUAAAACACCUAAAGGUAUCCUUGCUCUUAAGGCCUGAGUUUCAGAAAGAUGACUUCGUGUGAGGGUGAGUGAGGGGUUGAAGCUGCCUGCAGAGAGGAGGCAGGUAGCAAGUUCCAAGAGGGGUCCUGGUGAGCGUUUCUGCCCAGGAUGGCAGUGGUGAGGAUUCAGACGGUGCGUGCCUGCAACAAUGCAACAUUGUAUGGGUGGGAUCACAGCACUGUAAGGGUGUUGAAUUAUUUAACUUUGGUGUUGAACUAGAGUGAAUGAGGAGUAGAACAUGAUUAAAAGAACCUCAGUACUUGGCGUCACCGUGACUGAAGGGAAGUCAGCCAGAAUUAAGGUGAAGGAGCUGCUUUGAGUCUGGGAGGAUGGCUGCCAGGUGAAAUUUGGGAUGCCUCAGUUCACAAUGUCAAAAAGGGGGUUAGAGGUCAGUGAGGAACUGGCAGAUGUAGAAACAGCCUGGAGGGAUUCCGUUUGAAUGCGAUGGCGACAUUUGUGGGAAUGAUUGUGUCCAUCCAGGGAAGCAAGGCUGUGCCAUGGGGGGCACCUGUACUUGGAAGAUGAAAGAAGGUCAAGGAGCGCAGAGGCCAGACACCUACGAAAGCUCCAUGUGGAAAGGCCUGAAUAGAAGGGCAUCAGAUCCAGGGCAUGAGGGGCAGGGCUGGGGAGUAUCCAGCUUUGCCGUUGAGAAACUGUGUGUGUGCGUGUGCGCGUGUGCACGAGCAUGCAGGUGUGUGCACGUGUGUACGUAGGUGUGCACAUGUACAGUCGACUAUAAUUACAAGAAAACCUCUCCUCUGUAAUCCCAGCCGCUUUCUCUCCUGUGACCUUCCUCUCUCUCAUCUCCCCUUCCCAGCAUCUUCUUUUGUCUCAGUCGUUUAGGCGACUGCCCUUGCUGCUCCCAUGUCACCAGCUGCUCUUUUUUUAAAGCAAAGUUCUGGAGAGAAUAGUAGUUAAGAGCAGGAAUUUGGCUUUCAGUCCUGGCUUUACCAUUUGCUGCUGUGUAACUAAGGUAGACCAGCUAUCCUCCCAAGUCACUCAGUGAAUUAGGGGUGAAAACAUGGACCUUGCUGAGAUAUUAAAGCAACAUCAAGUUAUUAUUACAGUACCUGGCUCGUCGUGAGUGGCAAAUAACUUGUCUUUCUUAUAAAUUGCCGCCUACAUUUACCCCUCUAUCUUUCUUGCUUCCUUCAUUCUCUUAUUUCUUUCUUCACUAUCCCUACAACUUCUCCCUUUUCUCCCAGGUUAGGCUCUGAAAAGAAACUCUGGAAUCAGAAAUCUCAGAAGGAGAAAUGUCCUAAUUCCUUUACUUCUUAAUAAUUAGGCUUGAACAUGUGCUAGCUUGACUUUGCUCAGCCACAGCUCACUGUUUUGGCUGGCAUGUUGAGCUCGUUGGAGAUAAGAUCACAUUCUGUGAAGUUUAUGUCGUAAGUAUUGUUGAUAGAAUCUGGGAGGAAGUACAAUAAUUGAGUGUUUCCAAGAAUAUUGGGAACUUUCUAACAAACCGUGUGUAGUUUUGAAACUAGAGAAGCAGGAGGGAAAUUUUGAACUUAUUCCUCCACUGAAACCCUGGAGUUUGAGUUGUUUUCCAGUAACAGUGGAGUUCUUCAGAAUAUCAACUGGGGCAGCGGGGAACACCUGUUGCAACAUCUAAGCUGAGCAGAUCUCUGUUAGUUUUACAGUCUAUGCAUAAGGUACCACAUCAAGAAUAAAAAUCCUUCAUAAAUUAUCUGCUUGCAGGAUUUAUUAAUAAAUUAUUAAUUAUUGUUUAUUAAUAAUAUUUUUCAAUCCUGUCAUGGAGCAUAUCAUCCCCAUCAGGAAAUGGAAGGUGUGCAAUGCUGGAGCGAGUGUAGGAGGUGAGAAGCCAAGGGUGCAGUCGAAAGGAGCCACUAAUCAGCAGCUGGCAACCCAGUUGCUUCCUAACAGCAAUGGUUUCAGAAAUCAAAUUGGCUGUUUUCUAUCACUGAGUGGUGACAGCUGCUUGGCAAAGAAAUUGUGCAGGAAAUUGGAAUGUCACUCAAGCCAUCAGAUAAAACCUAGCCGUAGAGGGCAGUCUGAUCUUUCCGUAGACAGUUCCAGGGACUACCUUUCUCAUGCCAAUCAAGAGCUUUCUCCCUGUGCUCAAAAUUCCAUGCUCUGGGGUCUCAUUAACUACCAUGACCUAUUCAGGGGCUGAAGUAACAUAUGACUUGGCUCUUCCACUCCAGAGACUCACAGGACCUAGAACUGUGCUGCUUUUACCACCAGUGUGAGUGACAGGGCUGCCUGUGCGUGAGCGGUCUUGAAAGCAGAGAUCAGCAUGAAUCGGGGAGCCGGAUGCAAGCGUGAGCAGGUGAUGGGGGGUGGUUCUAUCAAUACAGCCCCCAGAUGCUCACAAAGCCCUUCUGCUUGCUUUAUAUCACCACCCACCUGCCUCCUACCACUACCUCCCAAAAUGGGAAAGCCUAAGAAGGUGGACAAUUCCCUGUCGAUGUGGAUGUAGACAGAAAUCGAACAUUCUGACGGUGAUGGGAGCUGUGGCAGGCUUCACUCUACCUGGAACACAACUGUCAUUCAUGAGGUAUUCUUCUCACAUACUUAAUGUCUCUAUCGUCCCCAAGUCUUGGCAAUUGAAGCGGGUAUUUCUCCCCAUUUCACAGAUGCAGAAGUUCAGGGAGAUUAAAUGGCUUUAGUUGAGGCCACUGAGUAGGAAGGAGAGCAAAGACACACAGGCUGCUGCUGGGGCGCUUUGUUCUGAUCCCUCCACAUCCCAGCGUCUCCACAGAGGUGCCAGAAAAUACCACAACAUGAAAAGUGACAACCAGAGCUUCUCAGGGGACCCCCCUAAAGCCUUCAUCCUUCUGGGUGUGUCUGACAGGCCAUGGCUGGAACUCCCUCUCUUUGUGGUCCUCCUGCUGUCCUACAUGCUGGCCAUGUUGGAGAACGUCGCCAUCAUCCUGGCAUCCCAGCUGGAUCCUCAACUCCACAGUCCCAUGUACACCUUCCUCAGCCACCUGUCCUUCCUGGACCUCUGCUACACCACCACUACGGUCCCUCAGAUGCUGGUCAACAUGGGCAGUUCCCAGAAGACCAUCAGCUACGGAGGCUGCACUGUGCAGUAUGCAGUCUUCCACUGGCUGGGAUGCACGGAGUGUAUCCUCCUGGCCGCCAUGGCCCUGGACCGCUACGUGGCCAUCUGCGAGCCCCUGCACUAUGCCGUUCUCAUGCACCGUGCUCUCUGUCAGCAGCUCGUGGCUCUGGCCUGGCUCAGUGGCUUCGGCAACUCCUUCGUGCAGGUGGUCCUGACUGUGCAAUUGCCGUUCUGUGGGCGGCAGGUGCUAAACAACUUUUUCUGCGAGGUGCCGGCCAUGAUCAAGCUGUCGUGUGCCGACACAGCUGUGAAUGAUGCCACGCUGGCUGUGCUGGUGGCCUUCUUCGUGUUGGUGCCCCUGGCUCUCAUCCUUCUCUCCUAUGGCUUUAUUGCCCGCGCAGUGCUCAGGAUCCAAUCCUCCAAGGGACGACACAAGGCCUUUGGGACGUGUUCCUCCCACCUGAUGGUCGUCUCCCUCUUCUACCUACCUGCCAUUUACAUGUAUCUUCAGCCCCCUUCCAGCUACUCCCAAGAGCAGGGCAAAUUUAUUUCUCUCUUCUAUUCCAUAAUCACCCCCACUCUCAAUCCCUUCAUCUACACCCUGAGAAAUAAAGAUGUGAAGGGGGCUCUGAGGAGACUCCUGGCCAGGAUCUGGAGGCUCUGUGGACGAUGAGGACGUGAGAUGUAGCAUCUCCAUCAAUUAAAGAGCACUGCACAAGUCUAUUGUGCACUCAGAGCAUCUUUCACUUAAGGAGUUAAUACCCAGAGAGCUCAAAAACUCUGUCUUCAAACAUCUCACUUCCUGUCAUAAUACCCCAAAUCCCAUAGCGACAAAGUUCAUUUUAAAAGUGUAAUUCUAAGAGUCCAUAUGUUUUUAAGCAUUGUUUAAAUAGACUUCAAUAAGUAUGUGUGGAAUUAUUUAACUUCCAAUUUCCUGAUUCUUUUCUCUUUUCCUCUUCCUGUAUUUCUUUUUUUCUCUCCCCAUUUGUGUCUUUUCUAUUACUUCUAAGUAUACACAAGAUGAAGCUGAAAUACAAUCUUAUUUUACUUAUAA